AUGCGGAAUCUGCCCGUCGAUCUAGACGAAGAUGGGUUGACUACCCAGCUGGAGCCGGUCAUGAAGCGACUGGGUAUCGUCCACUUCAUCUGCGAGAAACUCAGGAGAAAGCGCUUUGGGAACGUGACAUUUUGGUACCGGCAGGAUGGCGAGAAGUUUCUGGAAAAGCACGGACAACGCAGUGCUGAGAAGCUCUUUUCAACGGCUGGACGUGCACCCAUUGUGUCCAACUUGAAACUGAUGGGAGCCAAUAUUCUCUGUGCACCUAGCAAACGUCCACCUCAAGAAUUUACUCUCAAAACCCUUGAAUACCGUGUCCGGGAAAGAGAGAAUCCACAGUACAUGCUUGACGAAGUGAAUUCCGAUGUGACGUUCCCUUUGGUGGCCCUCAGCUGCGGGUACUACACGUUCGUGGAGGAGCAGCUUCGGUACAUCCCGGAGACCAGAUGGUCGAAACGGGGCACAAUGAGGUUCACGAAGCGAAAUCUUGUGGUUAAGCUGGGCAGCAGUCAGCUGAUUCGGAUUCUGCUGAAUACCAUCGUGGACCUGGUUUGGUUCGACAGCGGCUCGCUGACACUCACUUUAUCUACUGUGCCACUUUUCUUCUCCAUGAACUCGGACCCAACGAAUGAGAUGGACGAGGUUCUCUUGUCCUUUUUGAACGUCGCUCUUGAGCAGGGACUGUUGAGCCGGCCCCAGGAAUCAACUCACACUCGAAUUUGUGCUCUUGGAGAGCAGCACGCCGAGUUAGUUGGGCAAUGUCUUGUUUAUCAAUUCAACGUGGCCACUGCCGAUCUGCCAUCCCAAAUGAAGCUUCUCCAACAGCGCGGAUUAGCCAUUACCCGAUUCGAUAUUUCUAUUCCCUCAGGCCUACGCCUCAACACAGCAGGCUUCACACAACAAAUGAACGCCCUGAAAUCAGAACUCGGCGAAUAUGCGAAGGAUGCAUCUGUUCCAUUCAUGCUGCUCUUUCAGUUGCAGGCCCUGGCCAUGAACGCAUACCUCCUCCCCACUGUGGUUCUAGAAUUGUCCCGAGCCUUGCGGAAGGAGACUGCAGCGAGAAGAAACAAAGGGCAGAUACUUGUGCCGGUUGAUGCGAUGAGACGGCUGUUUGACACAAUCGACUGGCCUUCGCCCUACGCAGGCCCGGCGGAGUUUGAAAUCGAACAUCUCCUGCAAGCAAUCUACCAAAACGAAGAGGAGCUGAAGCAGGGAAAUCUACCAGCCGACGGUGUUUCGAACUCGGACCAGUCCGUUGCUCACGUCUGUCAUGUGACGGUCACUCCAUCGCGAAUGACCUUGCAUGGGCCAGAGUUGGAACCGAAGAAUCGCAUCUUGAGAAAAUUUCCCAACCAUCACGAAUACUUUAUCCGGGCUCAGUUCUGUGAUGAAAAUGGACAGGAUCUCAUUUUCAGCCCGAGGGUCGACAAUUCGAACAUCUUCACGCGGUUCAAGGCUGUUUUGAGAGAUGGGAUUAAGAUCGGUGGCCGAAUUUACUCAUUCUUGGGAUUUUCGCACUCAUCCCUGAGGGCUCAUUCAGUCUGGUUCUCUGCUCCAUUCUUUGACGACAAUGGUCAGUUCCAGACAUACUUCACAAUUAUUAAAGCCGUGGGUAAUUUCUCGAAAAUAACGUCGCCUGCGCGGUGUGCUGCAAGGAUUGGACAGGCAUUUUCUGAAACCCCCUUUGCUGUCAACUUGGAACAAAGCAAUGUGGCUAUCUCUCGCAUACCCGAUGUGAAAUCCCCAGAUGGUUCGCGGGUCUUUAGCGAUGGCAUCGGGGCGGUUUCUCAAAAUGUCGUGGAUACGAUUUGGGAGAAUCUUCCACGCUCCAAAGGGUUUCCGACAUGCUUCCAGAUCCGCUUGGGGGGUGCCAAAGGAAUGCUGGCCCUCGACAGUCGGCUUCAAGGCUCGGUUAUCCAGCUUCGCCCGUCGAUGAUCAAGUUCCCCAGCGAAGAUAUGUCGACACUUGAAAUAUGCGACGUCGGAUGGCAGCCGAUUCCGCUGGUUCUCAAUCGUCAAAUGAUCAAGAUCAUGGAGGAUAUGGGUGUCUCGCAGAGUUGGUUCUUUAAAUUACAGAGCAUUCAAGUGAACCAUCUGCGAGAAAUCACUACCAACGUCCAACAUACAGCGAAGUACAUAAAAAGGCAGAACAUGAGUCGAUGUCUGCGGCUCCAUAGAUUAUUCCAGCAAUUGGGUCUUCUUCAGAUUGACUACAAGAACGACUCCUUCCUUCGCUCCGUGGUUGAGGCACUUGUUCUUCACGAGCUUCGCUUACUCAAGUAUAAGGCACGAAUUCCCGUCGAACUGGGUGUCACACUAUUUGGAAUCAUGGAUGAGACGGGCUUUUUGCAAGAGAAUGAAGUUUUUGUUACAUUUGAAAGGAGGAAUGGCCCAUUUAUACCUCCGCCUGGUCCGGGUCCACUGCUUGUGACCCGCUCACCUGCUCUUUUCGAUGGAGACAUCCAAACUGCAAUCAAUACGGUCCCACCUGCUGAUCACCCACUGGCCAAACAUCGAAACUGCAUUGUUUUCAGUCGAAGAGGCUCACGGGACCUGCCAAGUCAAUUGAGUGGUGGAGACCUCGAUGGCGAUAUCUUUAAUAUAAUCUGGGACCCUGAAUGUGCUCCAGUCUCAACCUACCCACCAGCUGAUUAUCCUCGUUUACCGCCAGUUGAUAUCGGUCGCCCUGUGACCACAGAGGAUAUGGCAGAAUUCUUUGUCAAAUUCAUGGAAACCGACCGUUUGGGGGUUAUUGCCACUAGACAUGUGAUUUUGGCAGACCAGGUGGAAGAAGGCUCUCAUCACCCCGAUUGCAAAUUUCUCGCACAGCUACAUUCAACAGCGGUUGAUUUCUCCAAAACAGGAAUCCCUGUGGAAAUGGGACAUCUGCCGAAGAUGAAAUCCCGAUUUCGACCAGAUUUCCUGGCGCCAGGGCCACAAGUGCAUAUUUUCAAUAAAUCCGAUAUUGAGGUUGACGACCGUAUUGUCCAAACCCUUCAAGACGAGGACGAGGGUAUUGGCCCGGCUUGGAAAUACUACGCGUCGGAGAAAGUUCUCGGGGGGCUUUACAGAUCCAUAGACGAGAAAAGAAUUUGGCGUGAGGAUGUGAAGUCCAGCAAGAUACCAUCCAAGAUACCAUUCUGGGAGGACUUUAUGGUUGCCAUCAUACAAAAGUGCGAAACUUUUGGUCCAAUCUCUUGGUCCAAUCGCAUUGAUGAAGCACGAUUCAUACGAGUCGCGUAA